UAGCGCUCAGCGUGUCCCGCCGGUAAGGGAGAGAGGGGCGGUGCUGCUGCUGCUGACUAUAUUGCAAAGAGACUCGUAGCAGUUGGCCCCUCUUUGCUCUGACUUUCGUCGAGUGUUAAUCGCAGACUGAUUCGAGCCGGGUAAACAUGGCUGGAUAUUUGAAAGUCCUCAGCUCUCUUACGAGGUCUGCCGGCGGCGCUUUUUACAGAAACCCCGCGGUGCUUGCGCCGGCUGCAAAUUGCCAGACUUUGCAACAAAGAAACUAUGCUGACAAACGCAUCAAAGUGGCCCAGCCAGUGGUGGAGAUGGAUGGGGAUGAGAUGACCCGCAUCAUUUGGGAGUUCAUCAAAGAGAAGUUAAUUCUGCCUAACGUUGAUGUUGAGCUGAAGUAUUUUGACCUGGGCUUGCCAAGUCGUGACCAGACUGAAGACCAGGUCACCAUCGACUCUGCCUUGGCUACCAAGAAGUACCAUGUGGCAGUUAAAUGUGCCACCAUCACACCUGAUGAAGCCAGAGUGGAAGAGUUUGGCCUGAAGAAGAUGUGGAAGAGCCCUAAUGGAACCAUCAGGAACAUCCUGGGUGGCACCGUUUUCCGCGAGCCAAUCAUCUGCAAUAACAUUCCCAGGCUUGUCCCAGGCUGGACAAAGCCUAUCGUCAUCGGCAGACACGCCUUUGGUGAUCAGUACAGAGCAACUGACUUUGUUGUGAACCAGCCUGGCAAAUUCAAGAUAGUCUUCUCACCUGCUAAUGGAAGUGCCAACAAGGAAUGGGAGGUCUUUGACUUUCCUGCUGGGGGCUGUGGAAUGGGCAUGUACAACACAGAUGAGUCGAUUACAGGCUUCGCACACAGCUGCUUCCAGUAUGCUAUUGCCAAGAAAUGGCCCUUGUACAUGAGCACAAAGAACACCAUUCUUAAAGCCUACGAUGGCAGGUUUAAAGACAUCUUCCAGGAUAUCUUUGAAAAGAACUACAAGCCUGAGUUUGACAAACUAAAGAUCUGGUACGAGCACAGGCUUAUUGAUGAUAUGGUCGCUCAGGUGCUGAAGUCUUCUGGAGCCUUUGUCUGGGCUUGCAAGAACUACGACGGAGACGUCCAGUCUGAUAUCCUUGCACAGGGUUUCGGCUCCCUGGGCUUGAUGACCUCAGUUCUCGUAUGUCCUGAUGGCAAGACAAUUGAGGCUGAGGCUGCCCACGGCACUGUGACCAGGCACUAUCGUGAGCACCAGAAGGGAAGGCCGACCAGCACCAAUCCUAUUGCCAGCAUCUUUGCCUGGACCAGAGGCCUGGAGCAUCGUGGCAAACUUGAUGGCAAUCCAGACCUUAUCAAGUUCUCCCAGACACUGGAGAGUGUGUGUGUUCAAACAGUUGAGAGUGGCACGAUGACCAAGGACCUCGCAGGCUGCAUCCACGGCCUGCCCAAUGUCAAGCUAAACGAGCAUUACGUCAAUACUACAGACUUCCUUGACGCCAUCAAGACAAACCUGGACAAAGCCCUUGGCAAUUGAAGGACUUGAAUUAAUAUAGUUAGCCUGGAGAUGGCAAUGGCACUCUUCAGUUUUUGUACCUCAUUUUUAACUUAAGGUCAAUGAACUCACUAGUAUUUUGUCUGAAGGAAAAAAUUAAAAUGUUUAUUGGAUUAUGUAGUAUUCUUUUAGGUUACACAGCUGAGAGAUAUCCCUCCACCUAAUUAUCUGUCCAAUUAUUUGCAAGGUUUUAUUUUUGUAAUAUGAAGUACUGUAUGAAAUACUGUGUAAUGCCACUGGGCAGGGUCGAAGUAUGUGUGAAACACAUUUGCCAAUAAAUCCUUUGUUUGACCCGGA